UCUAUGGGGGUCAGGUUUCUAUGCAGGCUUCUCUACCUUCCAACAAUGAACACUCCCUAAUCUCCAUCCAGCCACCCCGUCCCCCAUCAGCAGCAGAGCUAGUGGCGUCCUACUCCCGACGCCUGGACGCGGUGUUAGUGGCAGAGCGGGAAGAUAGGACCAGCUCGCGGGCGGCGGCGGCGGCGCUGCGGGGGCGCCUGGUGCGGGGGCUGGCUGCCCGCCGGCUUCAACGAGUGCUGCACGCCAACACCAGCUUCGGGGAAGUACAGAAUGACAAGUGGGCUGAUUGUUUGAGUGCCAAAAAGAGUAAAAUAAACGAAUUGGAAACGGUUUAUGAUAAACAAGAGGGUCCGUGUAUCGAGAAGGCAGAAAGUGAGGUCAUGGAUAAGAGAAAUGCAGUCAGACAGAUAAUCAAAGAGACUCGGAAAUGGAGAAAAGGCUUCAAAUAUCUGCACCGGCUGUGCAAAGAAAAUAAUCCAAAAGAUAAGAAAGGUGCAGAUACAUGCCUUGUAGACUAUAUGCAAAAAGACAACUACGACAACACGAUCGCUCGACUUUUGGAAAUGUUACAAAUAGCACAAACUGACUUUUCGUCUCAAUUUGAAACUUCGAUCCGAAGCUUCGAGGAAUGCCUCGAUGGAGUGUUCUCGAACUUCCUAGAAGGAGUCCGGAGAGUGACGGACUCACUACACAAGUGCUACAAAAAGAAAAUCAGUGUUGUGAACGCAAACAACGAGGAAACUAAAUGUAUUGUAACAGACCUUCAUAAACUAAAAUGCUCUUGAUACAGGAAUAAAUAUGAAACACAAAUUAUUGAAAACUUU